GGUACAAGCCACUGCAUUCUACAAGAGCAGCAAAUUGCAGGGUAUCAGCAAAAAUAACAUAGACACCAUAGACAAUAUCAAAAACAUGGUGCUGGCUCCUCAUGCAGAUGGUGCUGCCCCCUAUGUACAAGUUGGAGAUGGGGAAGGAGGAGGUGGAGAAGAAGAUGACCAGUCCAAUGUGAAGUUCUUCAUGGGGUACUUAAGGAGCAGUGGAGGAGAAGAGCCUGUAAGCCUGAUUAUAUUUGGCAAGGAGAUCUGUGUGUGCCACCAGGCCCUGGAACUGCCUCUUCCCAGGCUACAGGUGGCGCCAGGGGAACUGUCCAAGAAAAGCCAGUUUGAAGUCAAGGAUAAGCAGGUCAUCACCGACCUACUGGAGGUGACGCUAGACACAGAAACAGGAAACAAGGUAACACUGCACUUCCUGAAUGAGGAGACCAAUGAGGAAACAGAUUGGCACAUUGCCAUGGAAACCACCACAGCUGUCCAGUCAUUGAUCAGAGCCAUUAGGUUGCCAUGGGAACAUCAGAUGUGUGUGGAACUUGAAGUUAAUUAUGUCUGACCUAAAUAUAAUAUGUGACAAAUUUGCAAGAUAAUAUCAUGGCUAUUGCCACUGAAACAUUAAACAUGUGGAGUGAACUAUGCAGUGGCUUUUUAAAUUAAGUUAAAUAUUUUUGGACAUUUUACUGAUAAUGAUCUGUGUUAAAUGUUAAAGUACUCAGAUAUUGGUGGCAUGGUGUUAAAGGAAAAAAAAAAGGUUAGUUGUUUCUAAACAUGGUCAGUAAUAUAGGCUUGUUGCAAUGGUUUGAAAAUAUGAGGAUGUCUUAUUAAGACUGCCUUAAUAUAAUGUGCUUGAAUGUCUAGCAGUCUAAUCUAGAUAAUAGCCAUGGACUGCCUGGUGCGGCAUUGAUUCACAAGAAGAAAACGGGCCGAGGCAGAUUCCACUUUUUACGUAGGGGUGGCUCUGUUUCAUGAUGA